AAAGAGAAUAUGAUAAGGUGUAAACGGUUCCACGUACAUUUCUAUGCAUUCACGCCAGCCAUCCACUAUGGACUGUGGGGCCAGAACACCAAUAAAAAGAACCAUUAUUUAUUUAAAAAAUAUUAUUUACUCAUUUAUAGCCGCAUAUGAUUAUACUAUACAAGAAUUUAGCAGGACAAGGAGGUUGUGGUGAUGUUUAUAAAGGGUGGAUAGAUUAUCGCACAAAAGAUUCUGCAAAACCAGGACAUGGUUUAACUGUUGCUGUUAAAAGGAUCAAGAAGGAAGGUGUUCAAGGCAUAGAUGAAUGGAGGAAUGAAUUGAAGAUUUUGAGCAGUUUUAAACAUCCAAAUGUAGUGAAACUGUUGGGAUAUUGUGCUGAAGGCAUGCACAGGAUGCUAGUGUUUGAGUUCAUACCUAAUGGAAGCUUGGAGGAGAAUCUUUCAAGAGGCACAAUAUGA